UCCCAUCUCUCUCUCUCUCUCUCUCCAACCAGCCUUCUUUCUCAGCACUUUAUUUACUCACACACGUUCAUCUCAGCCACUUCACUCAUACCAAGCACAAUCCACUAGCUCAAGCCACACAGCUCUUGCUAUAUAAUAUAUAAAGAGUUCAAUUGUUAUUUAUAACUCAUAUAAUUAGUCCAAAGUCUAUUUGUGGUUUGGUUUUAUUACAGUAUAUUUCUAUCUUAAAAUGAUAAAAAAUAUUAUAUUGUCACCAAAGUGGUCAUUGAGGAUUACAUGGUUAAUGUUUUAUACAAUUUAAUUCUUUAAAAUAAAAAAAUAUAGAUCUAUAUAUAUAUAUUACACAUAACUUUUGAUUUAUUCCUCACAAAUCAGUAAUUUUACAAUUCAGGAUAAUUGGGAUAUAUGCUAAUUACAUCAUUCCAAUAGCUAUUUAUAAUUCGUAUAACUGCGUAAAAUUCAAUUUAGGGUUAUUACUCAUUAAUUUAUAUAUUAAAAUAAGUUCAAAUAUUAUAUUGUUACCAAAACGGCGUUUGUGGAUAAUAUAUGUUCAAUGUUUUAUACAAUUUUAAUUAUUAAAAAUAUAUAUUUAAUUUAAAUAUAUGUACCUUUCCAGUUAAGUGUCACAAAUUGAAUUAUGGGUAAUAUGAAAAUAUAUGGGAUAUGGAGAAACCCAUUGAAUUAUUCUGCCGUAAAUACCGCAAUUAACCACCAGGGGGAGAUGUUCGGAAACUGCAUGCAAUCUUGUAUUUGACCAAAUGUAAACAAUUAUCAUUUUGUCUACGAACAUCCGAUCCAGACGCAUGAUACGUCUUUGGAAAGCCACAAAACGGCUUUUUUAUAUAAAAAAAAUAACCCCUGCAUAUUGAGCUACAGGGCACAGCACGAGCAGUGAAAGCAGGGUCCCCACAGACUUCUAUCAGGCGCGUUCACGGUCAUAACAAAGCCUACGUCAGCAUGCGCGCUUCACAGAAUGUCCGCCCCCAUGCUUGCCUGGAGUUUCACAUCGCAAUAGGAUUCUCCUCAGGUCUGUGAGGAUGAGAAGGUCUCCACAGUCUGGAGUCUGGUCUCUGACAGGCUCAACAUACCUGUCAAUCAACAGGGACUCCUCUACAAAGGCAAGGCGCUGGCAGGUAGGCUGAACAGCACAGCACAGCACAGCUCACCCCUCCUCUCACCCCUCGCCUCAUCCCUCCUCUCACUCCUCGCCUCACCCCGGGUCAGUGUGGCACAGCCUGCCUGCUCUUCUGAACAAACACUUCAGCCCUGCCGACGCAGUGAGAGUCUGGAGCAGCAACACAAGGUAACCUGAACACAAACACACACACACACACAGACACACACAAACACACACACAGUGAGAGGCUGGAGCAGCUACACAAGGUAAAUUGAACACAAUAAACACGGCUACACACACAAUCCUAGCUGCAGCAGAUGUACAAUGUUAUACAGACACACACAGACACAGCUGUACAGUGACACCGAGACGCACACACAAUCACAGCUGCAGCACACACACUCUGAAAUGCAGGUGUAGAGCAGCGUGUAGUUGUGACUCUGUGUCUCUCUCCUCCCCCUCUCCUCUCCUCUCCUUACUUUGUUUAAAAGAAUAGAAGCACACCCAGUGAGCAAGGCAUUGAGCAGCCCCACAUCCCGCUUCACAAUACCGCUACAUAUUGACUGACUGUUCGCAUUGUGUGUGUUUGGUAAGACAAACCACAUUUUCUACUUCUACUUUCUACGAUUGGGCAAGUCAGCGGUUGUUUGAUAACAGAACAUAAAACAUCACAGAGUGGGUUGAACUGCAUUGCUGGAAAUCAAGGCCCUUUAAAAUGUGUACCUUCCCAGCUCAGGUAUUGCUGAGGUAAAGAGACACUUCCUACAGGAGGACAGGACGUUGUCAAGGAGGGGAUGUCGUCACGUGUCCUGAGGGCUUUCUUAAAAACAUUGUUUUAUUAUUUCUAAGCGUACGUUGUUAUUGCCUUUUAGCUCUUGAGCAUAAUAAUCUCAAUCCCGUUUGAAAUGACACUAAGUGCAUUUGCAUGGUGGCAGAUGAGGGAUGUCGCUUCACUCAAGGCUUGCGUACUGAUGAAGAUGUAGUUUCAGUGUUUAAUGCUCAUCCCCUCACUGUGUGUCUGUGUGUGUUCUUGUCUCUCGCCUGUCCUGUGAGGAUGAAGAUGUAGUUUCAGUGUUUAAUGCUCAUCCCCUCACUGUGUGUCUGUGUGUUCUUGUCUCUUGACAGGUCUGUGAGGAUGAGAAGGUCUCCACAGUCUGGAGUCUGGUCUCUGACAGGCUCAACAUACCUGUCAAUCAACAGGGACUCCUCUACAAAGGCAAGGCGCUGGCAGGUAGGCUGAACAGCACAGCACAGCACAGCACAGCACAGCUCACCCCUCCUCUCACCCCUCGCCUCGCCCCUCCUCUCACCCCUCGCCUCACCCCUCCUCUCACUCCUCGCCUCACCCCGGGUCAGUGUGGCACAGCCUGCCUGCUCUUCUAAACAAACACUUCAGCCCUGCCGACGCAGUGAGAGUCUGGAGCAGCUACACAAGGUGAUGAAGUGACACUUUGAAUAUGGGGCCUGAUGAGAGAAGUAUCCUUUUCAUGUGGUUUUGGUUUUGCCGUUGUGAGCAGGUAUGGGAGACAGCACCGUGUCUGCAUGUGAAAUAACAAAGUCAUCGCAGUGGAGGGACUCUCUGAAGGCUGCUGUUUGUGGAUUUGUCUUGUAAUGUGAGUGAUCUACUGUACUGUGAUGCCACUGUCUGUACGCACGCUGCACUGCAGGGGAGACACCGCUGGCAUUCACAGGGCAUGCUUGUUCAUUUAAAGCACGCUGCACUGCAGGGGAGACACCAACCUUCUGGACAAAGCCAAAACAGAUAGAGGAGUGACCAAAGUGAUCCUAUCAUUCGGAAUCAACAACAAGGACCAGAAAGUCAAAGAGACAGCUAUCAAAAACCUACAAAGGAUGUACAGGUCAGCAAAGACAACCUUCCCAACUGCAGAAAUCAAAGUGCCACUGGUGAACUUCUCACGAGCACUAGACAUGCAGGCCCAACGGAACUUGGAAGAACUAAACGGAUUCAUCUCAGCCAACCUACCACACAUACCGCUAUUACCAACUGAGAAAUUUCAAGUAGGCGGAGACAACAUCCACUGGACAACCAACACAGCCAAAGAUAUGCUCCAGCACUGGUGCCAGCAUUUAAACUAGGAGACCCCACAAGCCCAAAUAUCUCCAGGGAGGGGGCAUCCAACAUAGUCAAUCUAUGUAAAUACUUCACACCAACAGAGAGUCAAAACAGCCUUUUGAGCAAACGCCUCUCCUUCAUACCCACACCGCAAACUGAAGCAAAACAGAAGCAGACACUGCGAGCAGAAACACAAGACUACCAUAGGAGGCUAAAAAUCACAACCUUCUUUGAAGAAGAAGGAGACUCAAAUCACAUACCUUUCCUACCCAAAUCCAACUGGGAACCAAAUAACAACCAAGUUCCCCAGGAAAUCACAGAGAUUAUUCUUGAAGAUCUAAAAACAAUACACAGCCUGAACCCAGGUAACUACAGAACAGAAGACAACCUAACAGCACCAGAAAGGAUUGCACUUAAGGAAUUACAAAAACAUACCGACAUCAUUUUCAAACCAGCAGACAAGGGAAGUUCAAUAGUAAUAAUGGAUAGAGAAGACUACAUCUUUGAAGCCAACAGACAACUAAAUAAUCAAGAACACUACAGGAAAUUAGAUGCACCAAUUUAUCUUGAUUCUGCUCAGGAAAUUAACAGAAUAAUACAAACACUAACAGACCACAAAAUAAUUACUAGAAAACAGGCACACUAUCUCAAGGGGGCAGACACACCCAGAGCACGCAUUUUUUACAUGCUACCAAAAAUACACAAAUCACCAGACACAUGGACUAUCCCACACACCAUACCACCAGGCAGACCGAUAGUAUCGGAUUGCAACAGUGAAUCAUAUAGAAUUGCAGAAUACAUAGACCACUUUUUAAACCCCCUAUCCACCAAACACACUAGCUACCUUAAAGACACAUAUGACUUCAUAGACAAAAUUAAAACACUCAAACUACCAGAAACAGCUUUUCUCUUCACAAUAGAUAUAGACAGCUUGUACACAAACAUAGAGACCAACGCAGGCAUUGCAGCUAUCAGGAAAUGUCUAAAUCCGGAUCCAACCAGACCAGACGAGGAACUGAUCAAACUCCUGGAAAUCAGCUUAAGGAAAAACGACUUUGAAUUCGACAACCAAUUCUACCUCCAAACCAAAGGAACAGCGAUGGGGAAACGCUUUGCUCCAUCAUAUGCUAACAUCUACAUGGCCGAAUGGGAAGAAACAAUCCUCCCCAGAUGCCCACACAGACCAACUCACUAUUUCAGGUACCUAGAUGACAUUUGUGGCACUUGGACACAUAGCAUGGAGGAAUUUACACAUUUCAUCUCGUUACUUAACACACACCACCAGUCCAUCAAGGUAAAAUACACCACACAUAACAGCAAAGUAAACUUUUUAGACACCACCACUUACAAAGGACCACAUUUUUCACAAACACACCAACUAGACACAAAAGUAUAUUUUAAAGAAACUGACACACACACUCUACUACACAAAACCAGCUAUCACCCUAAACACACGUUUAGAGGUUUAAUAAAAUCACAACUACUCAGAUUCCACAGAAUUUGCACACAACAUACUGACUUCCAGGCAGCUACCAAAGUUUUAUUCACAGCACUCAGACAAAGGGGGUACUCCCGUUCCUUCCUCAGAGGAAUAAGGAAAACCUUCUUAGAACAAAAGCCUAGAGACAACAAAAAGAUUAUUCCACUCAUAACUACCUACUCACAUUUUAGUGUGGCAGCUAACUCACAGAUAAAACAAAACCUAACCAACAAAUUACAAGACACCAACCUUCUUACAGGACACAAGAUCAUCUCAGCCUACAGAAAAAACAAAAACUUGACCAACUAUUUAGUGUCCAGUAAACUGCCUUCACUUAAUCGCAAACCAACAAAAGCAUCACGACACUUCAAGCAACUUUCCUCCCUCCGGAGCCAAUCCACAGGCAUCACAUACAACAUUCCACAAACCUUUACACAAAACAGCAGGAACUGCAUCUACGCAAUACAAUGCGAUACAUGCAAAACCAUUUACAUUGGAGAAACAGGCAACACUAUCCGAGUAAGACUAACACAACACAUCUAUAAUAUCAAACACAAAAAAGAAUCACAAACACCUCUAGUAGCACACUUUCUACAACACAACUUGGAAUCUCUGAAAAUUACAGGGCUGGAGAGGAACCAGAACUGGACAAUCGGAGAAAGGAAAUGGAGAGAAAAAGACUGGAUCAACAAACUACAAACAACUUUCCCGCUAGGCCUGAACAUUAGAAACUCCACGAUAGACCUACACUAGAAAAGGAGCUCCAAAACAAAAAAAACAAAGAAAGAAAUCCAAAAAGAUCCAGAUGGCCAGUGCAUCUUUCUUUCCCUGAAAAACCAACCAAGUGUGGAGUUCUCAGGGAAACAAAGUUCCUACCUCAACCUAACCCUAACCCUAACCCUAACCCUAACCCUAACCCUAACCCUAACCCUAACCCUAACCUAGAGUCACACUUUUGAUGGGCCACAGCUGGAGCUGCGUGCCUGCAACGGAGAGUGGGAGAGCUGGAGAGUGGGAGAUCUUGGGAGUGGGACUGCACUUGCAUCCCAGCCGGAUGCUGGGCUUUGGGAUGCUCCAUCCUUUUCACCAGCCAUGGAUGCGGCCACGGCAGGGGAAUGGAUGCCUGGGACGCAAGCCCAGUGCGGGGAGCUGCACGGCGGUUAGCCGGGGCCCCGCGUCCCGGGUGAACAGCGAUUAAUUAAUUAAUUAAAUGCACGUCCCCCCCCGGGUGCACGAGUGUUAUGAGGCCGGGUUGCAGUUCCGCAAGCUCGGGCUGAACACUUGCUCGUCCCCCGCGGGAGCACGGGUGUGUCACAAAGACGGCCGGAGUGGGUGGCGUCAGACCAGAUGGAGGAAAUAAAUAAACAGAGAGAUGUGGUUUGGUAUAAACUGGGCGCGUGAUCGCGCUCAGCAUUUAAUAAACAGAAAAUAAAAGGUUUGAACAGACAAAAACACGGGACACGGCACUUGUAGCCAAAAGAAACAUAUAAACAAAACGGACUAAACACUAAACAGACGGUGCAGGACAGACAGACGAACACGGUGAGUACAAACAAAACACUUAACUAUUCUUCUAUAAUUACGCUUUUAACUCUCCUUCUCUCUCACCCGUUCUCCACUCUCUGAACACCUAACCCCCAGUGAGUGAAAAUGUGUCUCUAUAUAUACUGUUGUGCUGGGAUUCAAUUACUAAUUAAUUAUUCACUUGAAUCCCAGCACGUGAAUUAAUUCUGUGCAACCCCGUGCUCGCAUAUUAUAUUUUAAAUGCACGUGCGUGAUGUGCAAUCCCGUGCCUAAAUACAAAUCUACACUUUUUAAAUAUACGUGAAACACAGACCCGUUUAUAUCCCGUGUACCAAUCUAUACACCAACAUUAACAUACGCACGCAUACAACACAUAACACAAAUGCACACAGGGGUGGGGCGCUUUGCCACAGGGUGUUAUGAGGUCGGGCUGGAGUUCCGCGAGCUCGGCUGAACACCUGCACAAGCGCUGCGGAGACCCGUUAGAAGCAGCCCCGGAGGCCAGCGAAAAUAGCCGAGAGUUAAGCCCCCUCCCCGCCGUGGCUUCGGCCGCCUUCCGCCGCGUCACGUCAGACGGAACUCUGGUCAUGUGAUU